AUACAUACAAGAGAUAAUAUUAGGAUAAACAUUUGAGAUGAAUGGAGUAGGAUAAAAACAGUCACCAUCAAUGCAACCAACUCUGGUUCAUCUGAAUACAAUAUUGAAGUUUCAACGUUCAACACACCCACUUAUUUCCAAACAACUUGUUCAACAUUGAACACAAAUUUGAGCAAAUAAUCAAUCUGGAGACUAGACCAGGACAGAACACAAUCCUCCAACAUGGGCAAGAUCGGCUGCACGAGCAACGGAAUACUGGAUGAUUCGAGAUUCAACGAGCCGAUGCCGUGGAUCGGCCUCUACGUCGUCGCAGCAUCCGCAGCUUGCGCCAUAGCUAUGGCCUUAGACGCCUUCCACAGCUUCCGCUACAGGAAGUUCUGGUUCCCUUGCAGAUUCUUCGCUCUCAACGCAACAACUCUCACCCUCAUAGGCGUGGCGGUCAAGCUCGCGGUCGAUCUCAACACGUCGAUGCCCCAGGCGCAGGAUCAGCUGGCGAAGCUCAGCAGCACAGCCUUCAUCUGCACGGCAAUAGGAAACUCUAUGCCUUCAUUAGGAGCCAUGGAAACUAAUGAGCUCAUGAUGAAUGUGGUGGCUCUUGGGAUUCUUGUUGUCACCGUGAUCGUGAACGUCUGCAUCCAAUUAGGCACCGGGGUCAUCUACGUGUUCUGGUAUGAGCACGCUGUCGUGAUGUUUCUGAUGGUUGUGUUGUUUGCAAUCUUGAUUUCCUCAUCGAUUGCGAUUCCUGCAACCAAGAGUGUAUUGGAUAUGAAGUACGACAAGAAAUAUUUAGUGGCAAAGAAGGAGUGCGAAGCAAGUUGCAAUGCAUCGAUAUCUCGGAAAAUGAGAGACGAUCUGGCUAGGCAUUGGAUGAUGGCACAUACCUGCAACCCACAGUUCGUGAUGGGGCGUUUAGCAACUUGCACGGCGUCGGGUGCAUUCUGCCUCCUCAGCGCGGUUGCUCUGGCGGAGGCCAUACUUCGUAGCUACCUGAUGCCGCAGUGCUUCAGAUUCUGUGAAGGGGAAUCAGACUACAAGUGGUCGACUACAUUGAUACUGGCAACUCAGGCAGCGGCAGUCGUGGGAGGAACAGUUGCCCCUGCAACAAGAUGGUUCAUAGCGAUUAAAUUUAGGUGCCCGAAGACAGUGAAAGAAUGCAGCAACAAGGGGUUAUUAUCAGUAGAAGAUUACUGGGUUCAUAAGCUCUACCAACUGAGAGCGUGUCCUCUCGAUUUGACAAUAUGCGGCCGACGCAGUAGAAAACUCGUGCACACCACAAAGGACAAGGCAUUAGAUUUAUGCAUCUUCAUCCAGAAAGCAAUGGUAGUCUUGAGCAAGAUAGUCAGGCGGAUAUCAAUCAUCUUUGUCAGCUGGUUAAUGACAAUAUAUAGUUGCUGCAAGAACCUUGUCGCGUUGGUUAAAUGCCACAAUGCAAUUGUGAACUCUGAUACAGAUUCGGACUCGAGAGGCAAUUGCAAACUGGAUCUGAGCAGUUAUGUCCUGCACCUUGAAGGAGAGGAAGAACUGGUACAUGUGAUGAUGAAAAAUGACAGGGACGCCAUUGGACAUUGGAUUAGAAUGGGGAGACGAAAGCAGCCACAACACCUCACAAAGCUACUUGAGAAGCUCAAUCCUUCAACACGAUUUGAGGGGGUACAGAAAUUCGACAGCUACCAGGUUCCUUCUUUGGACUCUGAAGAACCUCCCAACAGCUGGGCUCUUCCUCUGGUGACGCUAACGAGCAUUGCAAUCGCAACCAGUAACACGGACUUCCAAUCCCUAAAAGGACUGAUGAAAUCUGUGCACGAAGGCAUCAAAUAUGUUAGAUUUGUAGAGAGCAGCCUUGAAACAGAAAAAGACUUGACAAAUGUCCAGAAAGCAGCAGAGAUUGUGUGGGCGGGGGUCGACCUCCACUACAGGUGGCUCGACGUGGAUCUCCGUCAGUUGGCGCUACAGGAAAAGAGCCCUAGAGAGACAAUUGAAGAGCUUUCCAACAUAGCAAAGAAGAAAUUUCUGGAGUUGAGAAAGAAUGACUUACUUGGUUGUUUAAAGUACAGUCCUUCAAAGUGGCCAGUCAAGGUUUUGGCUGCAAAUUCUAUGUACAGAAUAUGCCAAACCCUUCUGCUCAAAACAGAAAACAGAUCAACUGAGUGCAGUAAGGCAAUGUUGGAGAAUCUGAGCGCCAUGAUCACUGACAUAAUAGGCGCUUGCCUUACUAACUUACAGCAUGCCAUGUCGAUAAAAUGUCAUCAGAGUUCCAUAGAACACAGAGAGGAAAGCGUUCGCUAUGCUAUUCUUCUACUAGGCAAAACAGAAAAGAUAUUGGAAAUUCUUACCUGCUUUUCCUUGAGUUCAGAUCCACACAAAAUGGCGUGCAUUAAUGAAUGGCGUGCAACAGGAAAGGAGGAUCAUCAGCUAUGUUAUGAGUCUUGUACUACUUCUCCUGACCUGUGUCUCAACAUUGACUGAGAAUUAGUGGACAAGUAUAUGUAUAGAGGCUUUUGUUUUGGCAUAUAGAUCAAUAUUUAUAGUUACACAUGUAUGCAAAUAUAUAAACAUACUGUUUAGCUUUGUGGAUGUAAAGCAAUCUUAGAACACAAAUCUAAAGGGAAUAUUCAACGAGACA